AUGUUUCAUAAUUUAUGUAUAGAUUCUCAACUGCGGGAUCAAGCACCUAACUCUUCUCAACUAACAGCAGUGGGUCAAGUCCUGGUGCCUGCAUCUCUACCUGAGACAAAACUGAAGAGACCUAUUUGGCAGGCUCCCUCUUCUGGUUCAGAAAUGCCUCCACCAAAGACAUUCCAGCUGACAAAAGAACUGGUUGAGCAAAGGGUCAGAGAUAAUAUCAUCAUAGUCACCUUUGGUAACUAUGCAUACAUGGAUUUUAUCUUAACAUGGGUCAAACACCUGACAGAUUUUGGUCUGGACAAUCUUCUUGUUGGUGCAAUGGACACAAAAGUGAUGGAGGCUUUGUACUGGAAAGGCAUUCCAGUGUUUGACAUGGGUAGCCAUAUAAGCUUUGUAGAUGCUGGGUGGGGCACACCAAAAUUUCACAAAAUUGGGAGGGAAAAGAUUAUUCUAUUAGAUACCAUCCUGGCAUUUGGUUAUGAACUACUGAUGUGUGAUACAGACGUGGUUUGGUUAAAGAACCCACUUCCAUAUCUUUUGCGUUUUCCUGAAGCUGAUGUGUUAACUUCAACCGAUCAACUUGUACCAACAGUUACUGAUGACAGAUUGGAGAACUGGCAACAAGGUGAAGACUUUGGUGCUUCUUCGAAUAUAGGAAUUUUCUUCUGGCGAGCAACAGAUUCUGCAAAGAACUUCACAGAAGAAUGGAAAGACAUGCUCAUUGCCAAUGACAAGUUAUGGGAUCAGACUGCUUUUAAUCAACUUAUGUGGAGGCAGUUGGGACCAUCUGUUGAUGAGGACAGUGGACUUGUAUAUGCUUACAAUGGAAAACUCAAGUUGGGGCUUCUUCCAGCAAGUAUAUUCUGCAGUGGGCAUACAUAUUUUGUCCAGGCUAUAUAUAAGCAACUGAGAUUAGAGCCAUAUGCUAUACACGCCACAUUCCAAUAUGCAGGUACAGAAGGAAAACGUCACCGACUACGUGAAGCCAUGGUUUUUUAUGAUCCACUGGAAUAUUAUGACUCAUCAGGUGGUUUCUUGACCUUUAAGUCAUCUAUCCCGAAGGAAUUGUUACUUGACGGGAAGCAUAAUAUUGAAACACAUUUUUCUCUGAUUAAUUACCAACUAAAGCAAAUAAGGACGGCUCUUGCUAUUGCUUCUUUGUUGAAUCGUACUCUGGUUAUGCCUCCACUGUGGUGCAGGCUGGACAGGUUGUGGUAUCCUCAUCCUGGUGUCCUGCCUGGAACAAUGACUAGACAACCUUUUCUUUGUCCUUUGGAUCACGCAUUGGAGGUGAAUGUCAUGUCAAACGAGCUGCCAGAGGAUGAAUUUGGGCCUGGGAUAAAUUUUAGGGAGUAUUCCUUCUUUGACAAUCCAUCAGUGCCUAGACAUGUGAAGGAGUCAUGGCUUGAUGUGGAACUUUGUCAAGAGGGAUCCCAAAAUUGUUAUGUUUCAAACAGUACAAGCAGAUCAGGAGCUCUCAAAUUUCCCAAGCGCAGCAAUGAAGAAAUGGUAUUACAAAUUCCUGUACAAGUUUGUGCUGGUUCAAGGCAGUAUUCUCCUCAUUCAAGGAUGUCAAAGUCAUUCAAUUCUCUUCAAUGCAAGAUGCCUUCCUGGGCUUCAGUGACAAGGCAAGCGAGGGAAGAAAGGUUCAGGAAACGUGUGAAGCGGUACGCGGCUUUAUGGUGUUGUGUGCAAAAUCACAUCCCUGGCCAUAUAUAUUAUGACAUGUAUUGGGAUGAGAAACCUGGUUGGAAACCAGUUCCACCCCAAACCCGCGAAGAUGAUUAUCCGCCUUGGUAA